CUUAUUGUUACCUCGCGGAAAAGCAGUCAAACCAGUCAGUCUAUGACACAAAUUCUAUUCUUUAACGUUUGCGUCAGAAGGAAGAUAUGUUUGAAAAAUAGCGUGGGUACGAAGCCUACUGCUGUCGCCUGUACCACGUUACCCCGGGCGACAUCCAGGUGCGGGCCUCCUGAUCCUUGCUGAUAACAAUGUUAAUAAUUUGGACCACUGGAUUCCUGUUCAGUAUGACGUCACUUGACGCGUGCGUUAUUGGGAUGGUCGGAGAAUCGGCCGUCCUGCCGUGCGUCUACAAUGGCACGUUCGGUCUGGACAGCGGGGACGUCUCCGUGGAAUGGAGGACAGGAAGUGAACUUGUGCACACGUCAGCGCUGGGAAAGGAUGGGGAAGUGGCGCGGUCCGUGUCGCUCAGAAACGGGACGCGGCUCGUGACAGAUGUGAUUCGGAACGGUAAUGUCUCCCUGCUCGUUUCCGACGUCACCGUACGAGAUUCACAGAGCUACGACUGCUAUCUCACCCGCCCAGGUGUGAAGUCCAGCGCCCACCUGUGUACGGUGUGUCUCAGUGCUGCAGCUCACUUCACCCAUCCCGUGGUCCUGAGGCAGGGGGGGGCGGAGGGGGAGGAGGUUCAGUUUAUCUGUCACUCCAGGGGGGGCUUCCCCAAACCCAGGGUCCACUGGUUCAUCGAUGACACAGAGCACCCCCUGGUGGACACAGUGCGCACCUACAGCACCCUGCUCCCUGACUCUGAACUCUACAACAUCACCAGCAUUCUGUCAGUAAACGUCACGCAUGACAUGACUGUGUCCUGUCUGAUGGAAAACCGCCUUCUCAGUGAGAAUCUGACAUCAUUCACAUUCGGAGUCGAGGCAAGUCCGAUGGUGGGUCGGGCUUCCGAGGCCAUGUGGAUGUUCACCACCGCCUUGUGUGUGCUGGUGGUAGCACUGGUGGUUUCCGUCGUGGGGUACCAGAUCAAGCAGGACUACGAUCGCAGGCACAACCCGCAAAAACCUCAGGAGAGUGAAGACAGCAGCAUUGCCGACCAGAAAGAACGUGUCAUUCUGGAGCAUCUGAACUCUCUGACUGAGACGACCGUUUAGCCGCAUCCAGCGGCCGAACAACAGACAGGGGAGUAUGAAACAGGACCCGCGUCUCAAAUAUAAACGUUUGAAACAGCCGCUUGUUCCAUGUAGUCCUUUUACAUGUAAUAUUUAUCUACACGGUUUGUUAAAACCUUUUGAAGGCCGCCUGUCAUUGUUGAACAAGAUCCUUUUCAAAAACUCUUAGGAAUGACUACGGUCUUUAAAAAUAUUUACUCAGUUUCGGAGUCAUAGAAAGAAUGGUAUUAGAUAUCAGUUUAGUGGACUUCAGCUAUGUGUCCAGUGUUCAGAAAUGGCAGAAUAGUAGUUGCCAAAUACCCUUCCUCCAGGAGACAAGUCAUGCACAGGGCAGACAUUGGGGAAGAUAGAUCAGGGGAAAUAUAAAAGUACUAGAAUGUCCUUGAGAAUAAAUGCAAUGGAAAAAAACAAAAAACUGAGUAUUUGAAAUUGAGAAUUUUCAAAUGAAUAGUAUUUUAUUUCAGAAUUUUUAAGUAAUUAUUUGAAAAGUUUGCAGAGUAAUUCACUUGUAUUUGAGAGGACUAUUUGAAAGUACUUCUCAAUGCAAAAAUGGCUCCUCUUAUCAAAAUUCAUGGGAACUUCUGGCACUUUAUAUUUCUGUUUCAAACUACACCAAGACGCACACAACAGAUGAAGAUAUAUGGGCAGAUAUGAUCUAGUAUUGAACACAUUCUUCGGAAUUACACAUCUGUGGGUGUGCUCCGUCCUGGCUGCUUUUGCCAAGCAUAGUUUUCCAUUCAUAUUAAUGCUAAGCACCCACAAUAAUGUUCCAUUCCUGACUUGAGGCUUUUUAUGCACUCUCAACGACAAUAGACUUGAGUGCAUCAUGAGUAUUUUAACUUGACAGACAGCAUGCACCGGCACAACUCUGACAUGAGUGGGCCGCACUAAGUUGCACUGAACAUAAUUAAGUUAGGUCCUCCAAAUGCACACGUGAUCAUAUUCAGCUACAAGGCAUGACUGAGUUCAAUUAUAAAAUAAUUGCUGGUAUAUACAUACACUCGGUGUGCAUUUUAUUAUGUAUUUAUUCAAAUUAUUUUUUAGUCUUAUUAAGUCUUCUGCUGCUGUGGCCUAUCCACUUACAGUUAUGAUGCGUUGUGUGUUCAGAGAUGCUCUUCUGCAUACCACUGCUGUAAUGUGUGGUUAUUUGCGUUACUGUCACCUUCCUGUCAGCUUCGAUCAGUCUGGCCCUUCUCUACUGAACUCUCUCAUUAACAACGCGUUUCUGCUCACAUAACUGCUGCUGACUGGAUAUUUCUUGUUUUUCACACCAUUCUCUGCAAACUCUAGAGACUGUUGUAUGUGAAAGUCCCAGGAGAUCAGCAGUUUCUGAUGUACUCAAACCACCAUGUCUGUCACCAACAAUCAUUUCACAGUCAAAGUCACCGGUGUAGGUAAUAAGUAGGUGUAUAGGUGUUCCUAAUAAAGUGUUCAGUGAGUGUAUGUGAUAUAUUUAUAUGUGUGUGUGUGUGUGUGUGUGUGUGCAGAUGUGUAUGGGUCAUUAUUGUGUAUGUGACUUUUACAUUUUAUGCAAUAUUUUCCAAAAAGAGCAUUAGUUACACAUUAUUUUAUGUAUUUUAAUCUCAAGCUAGGAUCUUUCCCUGAGGGUUCAUUAAAAUGUUUUUAUGUAAAUGUGUUUUUGGGCACUAAUGAAUGUGAUUGAAUUAAAAUUUGUAGUAUUUUUUGUUAACAUAAAAUCUUCAAACUGUUUAGAAACAAUGUUCCUGUAUUGAAUUCACAGAUGUAAAUGUCGUCAUUAUUUGCUUUUGAAUGGAGUAGAGUAAAUUUAAUAGCUAAUCACUGAAGAAAAUUGUGACGCAGAAAGAACAUUGGUAUGAAUUUUCUACGGAUCAACAACAUCAUGUGCAAUGUGACAUCUGCUGUGUUCUGCUGACCUUUCCCUUUAAUUGUGAUAUUUUAUUAAAACAUAAUAAUUGUAAUAAUAAUAAUAAUAAUAAUAAUAAUAAUAAUAAUAAUAAUAAUACAUUAUGAUAUGAAUCUGGUCUUCUGAUUCUUUUACAUCCUAUUGUUAUUGUAUUUAUCCCACAUUACUUACAUGUAUGAGCUGAUAGCUGACUAAUUUAUAUAAAGAUAAUAUGACAUUCUGUGCUUCUGUUUGGCGAUUAUACAAGCCAUUUUCAGUCCUAUGUCAAAUGACAAUGUAAAAA